AAAAAGAAAAUCUGUAGUUUUUGGAACAAUUUGAUGAAGAAAAAAGAGCUGGUAGUGAAUUUAAGUCGUUUCCCAACUCCCGCCGUUCUUCGCUGUGCAAAAGUGGGCCGGAAAAGUGGAAACUUUUGUCCUUUUUGAUCUUCCAAUGGCGAAUACAGAAGAUACCGCAACGAGAGCGGACCCUUUCGGCGGUAUGGACAUCGCCGACACCGAUUUCCUGAUGGGCGUGGAAGGCCGCAGUUCCUGUCCGGUGUGUGGACGAUCGCGAAAGUUCUUCUGCUACACCUGCUACGUUCCGGUGGCCAGCAUCAAUGACCGGGUGCCGCGAAUUGCGCUACCGGUGAAGGUGGACAUCAUUAAACACAAGAACGAAAUCGACGGCAAGAGCACGGCCGUCCAUGCGGCCAUCCUGGCACCGGAAGAUGUCCAAAUUCACAUCUACCCGAACAUUCCGGACUAUCGAGAGGAGGAGGGAGUGGUGCUCAUCUUCCCGACGCCCACCGCCUUAACUGUGGCCAGUUUAUUCAAUGGGGAAACGUAUCAGAUGAAGGAAAACUAUGGCUUACCGAAGGGCUACCACAUGGGAACGCUGCUACGCUUCCGGUUGAACGAUAUUGUCGUCGAUAAGCAGCCUCGACCACCCCAAGAAACCCGAAAAGAGGACAGUACGACGAGAACCGAUGCUGAUGAGGACACUGCUUUAAGGAGAUUCCCCGUGCGGCGUGCCAUUUUCAUUGAUAGUACCUGGAGCCAGUGCAGAGGUAUCUACAAGGAUGAACGGCUAUCGGGGCUACGCACGGUUGUGAUCCAGAACAGAAUAUCGCAAUUUUGGCGCCACCAACGAAACAGUCCGCGCUGGUUCCUGGCCACGGUGGAAGCCAUCCAUCAGUUCCUAAUGGAGCUGCAUAUAGCGGCCUGGGGUCUUGACAGCCGCUACCGCGGCCUCGAACACAUUCAUCUGAAGAAGGAUCAAAUACCGGAAGAGCGCAUUUUCCUUCCUGCCGAAGGUCUCGCGGACGAGGUGGUGAAACCAUACAACGGGCAGUACGACAAUAUAUUGUUCUUCUUUCGGCACAUGUACAAUCUAAUACACCAGUAUUAUGAUCACGAAAAAUUGAAAGCCUAUCGCCGUCCACUAUACUAA